AUAGUAUAAUUUGUGAAGUUGUUCCUUCUAUUCAUGGCAAGGAUAAACUUGUUGUCGAUGGUCAUCUCAUGGUUAAUGACAAAACUCACAAUGACACAUAUUACUGGUAUUGUAAGAAGCAUAAUACAUUAUAUUGUAGUAUGCAUGCAAUAACUAAAUUGACUGGAGAUCAGCAUAAACUAAAAAAUGUAUCAACUCAUAAUCAUGCUGCAGAAGCAGCCCAAGCUGAUAUUGUAAAGGCGAUUUCUAAUAUCAAAGAACAAGCACAUCAAACAUAUAAUAAACUCUCACAAAUUAUUCAAGCUACAACUUCUCAAAUUUCUCAAGAAGUGCAUUCAUGUCUUCUAACACGUGAGGUACUUCAACAAGUAAUUCAAAGAAUUCAUCGUUCAGAUUUACUAAAAGAACCAGAAUCUCUGGAUGAUCUUGUUAUCCCAGAUGAUAUGCUGAGAACCUUAGAUAGACGUCUAUCACAUAUUCCUACAUUAGCAUUUUUGCUGCCUAGAGAAAUUCCUGGAGCUUUUGAUAAGCUAAAAGUUAUGAUGCCUACUGAAGCCAAUGAACUUAUAUAA